UCGCGCCCGCGGCGGCGAUCGGCGGCGCGAUGGUGUUCCUGCAGCGCAGCCGCCCCGUCAACCCCCGCAAGCGCCCGCCCCCUCCGCCCGACGCCGACCCCCCCGGGCCCGCCGGCGCCGGCCACUCCUCCGCCGUCGACGCGGCGGCGGCGCUUCUCGCGGACGCCGGCUGCACGCUCCUCGUCCCGGCGCACCAGGCCCCGCCGCUCCCCUCGCCGCACGCCUUCGCAGCCCGCCUCGGGCGCGCGCUCUCCGCCGACCCCUCCGCCGCCCCGCGCCUCCUCGCGGGCGUCGCCGCCUUCGCGUCCGCCUCCCCCGCGCGGCUCCGCCAGCUGCUCCUCCCUUCGGCCCCGCACGUGCCGAGCCUCGCGCGCGCGCUCCUCUCCGUCCCGGCGCUCCAGCCGGGCCUCCUCGCGCUGCUCCUCGAGAAGCUGCCCGAGCACUUCGAUGACGGCGGCGGGGCGCUCGACGGAUUGCCGCUGCAGGACGACGUGGGGAGGCUCAUCGUCUCGCAGUUCCGGUGGCUCGACUUCCUCGCCGACGCCGACACCUUCGUCGAGAAGCUCGUCGAGGUGCUGUCCGUGGCGCCGCCCAGGCUGAAGAAGGAGAUCAUCGGCUCGCUCCCGGAGAUCGUCGGCGACCAGAGCCAUGCCGCCGUGGUCGCCGCGCUCGAGAAGCUCCUGCAGGAGGACUCGGAGGUUGUCAUCGCUGUGCUCGAUGUAUUGUCGGAUCUUAACCUCAACGAGGAGCUGCAGGAGCAGGCGGUGACUGUUGCGAUAUCGUGCAUACGGACGAUUUCUCCGGACCAGAUGCCGCAUUUGCUCAGGUUCUUGCUGCUGUCUGCUACACCAGCCAAUGCUGGAAGGAUCAUAUUGCAGAUCCGCGAGCAGCUGAGGCUUGUUGGUGUUGUGGAUCCACGGGCUGCUCGAAGCAAGAAGAUGAAGGGGAAGGCAUUGGCGAACAGCACUGAUGGGGCAAUACUUGAUACGCUGAGAUCUGGCCUAAGGUUUAAGAAUAUGCUUUGUGAGGCUUUCUUGAAGGAGCUGAAGUCAGUUGACCACCCAAGGGAUCACAAAGUGAUUGAUGUUUGGCUCAUCAUGCUUAUCUAUGCCAAUGGUGGUGCUCUGCAGAAGAGUGCAGAGAAAAUAUUGAAGUCCAAGAUCUUGCAGGGGUGCAUACGAGAGACACUGUUUGAUCAAUGCAUUCAUGGGAACACUGAAUUGGUAAAGGAACAUUUCAUGUUGUUCCUCUCAAUGAGCGAUUACUUGUUGGCUUGCAAGGAAGAGAAAGCUAGAGAGUUUGCAUCCUAUUUGUUUACAGCUUUGUUUGAAGAAUUCAGUGAUACAUAUUCCAGGCAAGAGCUUGUAGGCUCAUUGGUUGCUCAUAUAGGUUCUGGGGUCAGCUAUGAAGUUUCGUCUUCUCUGGAUAUAAUGAUUUCUCUAGCAUCCAACCAUUCAGAGGAAUUGAUUCCUAUAUCUUCACAUAUAACUGGAAUAUUGGAUUACUUGGAGAGUUUCCAUGAAGAUAAUCUUCGGAAGGUUUACAAUAUCUUCUGUCAUUUGGCACUAGCUGCCGGUUUCAACACUGGUUCAGGUGGCUCCUCUGUAGCUAAUGAACUUCUAAUGGUGGUGAGAAAGCAGGUUAGCAAUCCAGAUAUGAAGUAUAGGAGAAUGGGAAUAAUUGGAGCUUUAAGGAUAGUUUCAACUAUCGCUGACGUUGAUGUCAAUGCUGCUGUGAACUGUUCAUCAUCUCAGCAACCGAAUUGUGAGGAGGCCCUGGAACUGUUGAAGAUGUCUGUUAACUCCUGCAAAUUUGUGACAUUGCCCUUAAUUUUUCUAUAUGAUGAGUUAGCUUCUUUACUGGAGAGCAAAGUUCUUCACUCUGCAAUUGUUGAGUGGCUAGGAGAUUAUCUUGCAGAAUUUGACACAUCAUUUCUUGCUGAUCUAAACAAUGGUGAGCUAUCAGAAAAAUACCUGAAUGAUGGCAUAGAAGGAGAAUUAUGGAUGAACUUGGAUGGAGAUCUCUCUCCAAUAUGUGUUAAUAUUGUGCCUCUAGCCUCCACUUUGCCACAACAAUCUCAACCCUGCUUGCAGAUCCUCCCAUCCCAAUUUUCACUUUUAACUACAGUUGAACGUUUAAUAAAUGAAGGCUCGCUUGGUGGAUUAAAUGCACUACUUGGCUGUCCUUUGCACCUUCCCUCUACCAAGCAUUUGGAUGGAGCCAAAUGGGGAAACUUAACAGGAUUGCAGAAAAAGGCAGUGUGCCAUUCACUGUACUAUGCAAUAAACUGGAUCAGGGAGUUGCUCAAUGCUUUCAGCACACAGGUUGCAAGUAGGAUUGAUAAUUUCUCACAGAAAGCAAGGGAUGAGACAGCAGUAAAACUUCUAAAGCGUCUGAGAAAUCUGAUAUUUCUUGAGGGCUUGCUGAAUGCGUUUCUAAAAAAAUAUCCUCUAUCUCUACCUGAGCUGCGAUAUCUUGGGGAUUGUUCUGGAUCAACUAGCACCAGCAAAUUCAACCUUCCAAAGAAAAUGGGAGAAGAGAGCAUGGAUGGCACAUCUUCCAACAAAAGACAAAAGGGUCGCAAGGACAAGGCAGCUUCAGAAAGAAUGAAUCCUGAUGAUAAACUCAAGCAACCUACGGUACUGGAUGCUUUCAAAAGAGCAGGAGUAACAGUCAGUCAAGCGACAAACAAAGCUUCUUCUCAACCAUCGUCAAGUGGAAUGAUGUCAAAGAAUAUUGAACAAGAGGCUAAUGAUCCUGGUGAGCUAGGGUUUGUAGAUUUAAUGGCAGCACCAGUUCAGCUGGAUAUGCAAAGAUUCAAAUUCAGAACUCUCCAUACAAGAUGCUUGUCUUUGUUGAACUACUCAGAGUGUCAAGAUUCAUCUUGUUCUUACCUUGAAACUGAGCUACCUAUAUAUCUAUAUCUUCUCCGUGAUCUGCACAACAAAUUAGAUAAUCUAAAUCCCACAACCAAGCCUUUCCUUAGUACUUAUCAAGCAAAAUGUUCGCAAGUUUAUUGCCAUAAGAGCACACAAGAAUUCCUUGACAAAAUCCAGCCACUAUUCUCGGUUCUAAGGAAGCAUCUAGAUGGGGCAGUUUCAAUGAUCAAAGAUGAAUCAGAGAGCUGCACAGAUAACUGGAGUUCACAUUCCUCUUCAGCUGGCAACCCAGACAUUCCGUAUGUGGUGAUCUCGAAAUCAUCAACUGCAACUGCAGUAUGUAAAGAGAUUCUUGGCUGCUACAGGAAGUUACUGGCCUUUCCUGAUCUAUUGAAUCAACCAAAUAUGUCAGGUCUGAAGCAACUUUUACAGAAUUUGCAGCCAACAGAAAAUUUUGAUGAUAUUCUUUCAGAGUUCCAACCAUCUCUUGCUCCUAGCAAUGUUGAUUAUCUAUACUGUGGAGCAUGUAAAAUGUUUGAGGAUAUUAUGGAUCCAGUGCGCUCGUUCUCAUAUCUUCUGUCUUCUGAUGUGUUAAUUACUAUGCAAUCAAUUGUAAAUUCUGUUGUUGUGUUGUUGGAUGAACCUGGGGAAUCAAAUAGGAAGAACCUACAAAUAGGAUGUUCCAAAGCUAUCAUUCCCUUUCUGCGAAAGCGUCUUGGGCAGUCCGCUCAUAAGCUGCUAACUGCUAAUCUCCCUAGCGAAGAUGCUGAAAAUGGAUGCCAGAGUAAAGGUGAUCUUAUACAGAAGAUAUUGCAAAUAUACCUAAGAAAUAGUGAUUCCACUUCAGAUCUGCUUCAUGAGCUUUCCGGAGCAUUGUCUCAGGUACCUUCGACCAAAGCACAAGGUACCCAGGAUGUGUCAAAUGGUUUUCCAACACUCUGUUCCUCCACUAUCCCCUCUUGGUACCGUGUCCUACAUGAGGAGAAUACGGGGAGUUUAAACAAGAUGAUCAAGCAGGCCCUCAAGACUAGAGGAUUACCAGAAAGAGGAUCAAUUGAUACUAUUCUGGAGGAAAUUCAGAAAUCAGUGAAGGUGUUUGUUUCUCUAAUAGAAAAGUGCAAGACUCAUGAAAAGGUAUCUAUGCACGCAAUGGCAGUUAAACAUGGGGGAAAGUAUAUCGACACAUUUCUGAAAGCCUUCAACUUUCUAGAGACACAAUUCAAGGAACAUAAUGCCAUUAUACUUCAAAUGCUAAAAGAACUUCAGAAAGCGACAAGAAUAAUCCAAACUAUAUGUGCGGAGGCUAAGGGUUACAAGCGGACAAUGAUCACAAGCAAAAUACCUCCUGCAAAGAGAUCCAUGGAGCGGUUCUUGUUCCAAGUCAAGGCGCUGCUACACAACUGCUCCACGGAGAAGAAAUUUUGGAUGGGCAAUUUGAAGCACAAGGACCUGCACGGUCAUGUGGUGAGCUCCCAAGUGUAUGGAAGCGUGGAUGAGGAAGAUGAGGAGCAGACGGAGUCUGACUCGGACACUCCGGCUGCCGAGAACGACAACACCAUGGACGAGGAUGAUGCGGCGGCGGAAGGGAGCAACGAGGCGCCGAUGGAGAAGGAAUAGCAGCAUAGGUACCAAUCUGUAGUUCUGCACAUAUAUCUCUCGCCUGCUAACCUGACCAGUUUUGGCCCAGAGUUUACCCGAGUGUGUAUAUAUGGUGUAGAAAGGUGAAGUCCCCAUCAGAAUCUAGGUUGCAAUGUCACUUGUAGCAUAGAGAUUUGAAGCCUCAAUCAGGAAUUCAGGAUCAUAUAUGUAGUCAAGACACUCGGAUGAACCAUGUUCUUCUCUCGUUUUUUUACAGCA